AUGCAUAUCCCAUCGGGAAUUAUCACUGUUACAAGUGGUGAAAAUCAAGAAGAAAUAUUAGAUCCGGAAAUUGCGGAAUUAGAAAAAAUUCCAAAGUUUGAACCUUUGAUUAAACCUCAUCAUCCCGAAAUAGGAUUAUUUAAUGUAUUAUGGGGAUCAAGUUCCAAUUCACAAGAACUUGAUAAAGAACUCAUGGAUACAGUGAAAUCAGUGGAUGAUUAUUGUGCAGAUAUUAGUAAAUCAAUGAUUUCUACACAAUUACAAGCAAAAAAUAAUCAAGAACAAAUUGGUAUUGGUAACUGA